UCUUGAGUUUCUGUUUUCUUUUUUUGCCUAAAAAAUUAGAAGGGAGAGAGGAGGAAAGUGAGUGGACUGCUCUGUUAUGAUUACCUCUGUAGUUUUGAUUUUUAUCCCCCAAAAUAAUUGUCUACAUAUAAAGAAGACCUUAUUUGAGGGGGAACCAUGUCUGAAAGUUUUGUAAGGAAAAUCCAGCCAUUUACCAUCGGGACCAAGCUCUCUGUGCCAUCCGUAUCAAAGUGCCCGGACUUCACAGAGAGCUACUUGCCGAGCCAGGCUCUGGACAACUGCAAGCUGCGGCACAAUCUCAACGACCAUGUGUCUCUUUUCCUGGGACGAGCCCAAGUGCGCUCUGGGAACCCACGGCUAGUGCCACAGCCACCAUCACCAUCAUCAUCAUCAUCAUCAACAACAUCAUCUUUGUCAUCCACAACAACUUCACUACAAACGACGACGACAACAACAACAACAACAACAACAAGUCAGGUAAACCCGGGCAAACAUCAGCAACCGAGCAUGGCUGAGGAGGACCAUCUGAACAGAAACGCCAUCUCCCCAACCUCAGCUGCCUCCAGAUCCAUUCGGAAGAUUACUAUCUCCAGCAGCACGGAGGGCAACGCACCCCAGGCAGACCAGGGACUAGGCAUCCCACGGCUGAGAUUCAACCCCCAGGUAGAAAACAACAACAAUAACAACAACAUCACCACCACUUCCAACCCACAACUGCCUCGGAUAGUGGGAGUGAGCUGUGAGAAUAAGCCCAGCUCUCAUUUCAAGGUUUUACUUCGAAAAGAUUCUGAUGAAGAUAAACAGAACUACAGUGUUCGAGAAACAAGAGGGAAAUACCAGUGUGUUCAACAGACUCCAGUCUUUAAGGCCCUGUCGCCGAAAAGAGACCUUUUAAAGCGGGAGAGUCCUCUGAGCGAGAGCAAGGACACGCCACAGGGUUCGAAAAGCACAGCGAUCCAGAACGACCACUGCUUCACCCAGUGCAAUACCCUCUUCAACAAGGAGAUAUCUCAGGCUGAAGCGUGGAUGAAGGGGAAGCUGAGGGACCUUAAGGACGGGUGUAACAUCCAAAGAUCCCCCCUCACAGACUGGGAGGAGGUGUCUCAAACCCUCCAAAGAGACCUCAAGGACUUCGAGAAUACCCUCAUUCAGCUGAACCAGAUGGGUGAACAGUUGAUGUGUAAGACAAACCCUACCUCAGACCUGGUGAAGAAGCAGCUGAGUCAAGUGAGGGACCAGUGGCAGACGCUGAAGCAGACGGCAGCCAAUCAGACCAAAGCUCUGGGGGGAGCCAGGAACCUGCAUGAGUUCAACAGGAAAGUGGACCGUCUGGAGGCCUGGAUCAAGGACAAGCAGGAAGAGGAGCAGUCGCUGGCCAAUCUCCUCGGGGAGAACAUUGACAAAAUGCAGCUGACAAGGAGGAUCUUAGAUUUGAAACAGGAUGAGCAGUUGUAUCGCAGUCUCCAUGAGGAAAUCAAUCACUUGGCACUGAAGCUGGAGAAACAAGGCAAGACUGAGGGAAAGAACAUCUCUACUCGGAAGAAGCACAUUAAUAAAAUGUGGCUGAAGGUCCAGUAUCUCCUCAAGGAUUUUCAUGAAAACCUGCAGCUUGCCCUGGAAGUCUCCUCCUUUUAUCAACAGGCCGAUAACAUUAUGUGUGCCAUCAAUAACAUGCGGAGAAACAUUUCUGCAAGUCCUUGUCAAGCAAGUGGCGGCGAUGGAGAGAUUCGAGAUAUUGCCAGUCAGAUUAUGAUGCUUGAUGUGACUGUCUCUCAGCUGUCAAACCUCCACCCUUCCCUGGCAGCCAGAGUCACCCAGAAGCAGGGAGAGGUGAAAGACUGCUGGGCCCUGCUCCAAAAGGCUGUCAGGAGUGAGAAGCCAGCUCCCCCCAGCUCCCAAUUCGCCAGGGAAGACGGUGACCCGGCGACUCCGUCCAAAGAGCCCCAGUGCAGCGUGGGAACGCCGCCGCACAGGCUCAUGGGAAAGGAGGUGAAAGAGGAGCAGAACCGGCUCAAGGGAUGUGCGGGUGGGAGAGAACCGGCGACCACCAGAGCACCGACGAACAGCCUUGACGAGAGCAGCCAGAACACCGGAGUGAGUGAAGUCAUCCAGCGACCUCAGACAGAGGCGGAAAGCAGGAAGCAGAGGGCUGAGGAAAUGCGGGUUGCCGUGGCGGGGGCGACGGGGACAAGAGAGGACCACCCACAGCUCCACACGCAGCUCCAGAAAUUUACCGUGUCCGCAGACAAGACCCUGUCCUGGCUGAAGGACAAUGUCGCCAUGGCAACGCAGAUCUGUUACACAGUGGGCUCCAACUCCAGCUUCGAGGCGGCCAAGAGGUGUCAGGCAGUCCUGGAGCAGGACAUCCUGUGCAACAGAGCCAGGAUAGAGCUGGUCAAGAAGGAGGGCCGUGGCCUGGUGAAAGCCCACCAUCCAGGAAGCGCAAAGAUCGAAGAGUUCCUGGGCCAGCUGGAGGUCCUGUGGGAUGAGCUGAAGAAGCAGCAUCAGAGGAACGUGGUGGUCCUGCAGGCCUCCGAGGAGCUCAACUUCAGGGCGGUGACGGUCCUUCAGGCUCUGGGUGGUCUAGAGACCUGGUUGGAGGCGGUGGAGACGUCCAUCAGGGAGAGCUCAGUGGCAGGGGACCCUGAGUCCAUGAGCCUGGCCGAGCACGAGAGCUGCCUCCUGGAGAGGGAGUUGUCCGCCCGCGGCCUCCAGCUGCAGGCCCUGAGACUUGAGGCGGACACCCUGCGCACCCAGAGGCACCUGCACACCGAGCUGCUACCUGCACGCAUCCAGGAAGUAGAUAGGAAAUACCAGAGUGUGCAGUGUGCGCUGACUCAGCAGAGCUCGGAGCUGCAGGACACGCGGAUGCUCACCGAGUUCCUGGAGCGGGUGGAGCUGGAGGAGGGCAGCACCCUGGGACAGCCUCUCCAUAGUGAGAUAGACUCAGAGCCGUCCCUGUUGGCCCUACCGUCCGGAGGAGGCAACGUGCCCUUGUUGGAGAGCAUAGGAAACCCUGUGGAGGAGCUGCGGGAGGCCGUGGAGAUGCUGAAUGACACGGCCAGGAAACGAGGGCGCUCCAUCUGCCAGGACCAGGCCAUACAGGACCUACUGAGCCAGCAUGCCACAGUGUCUGUGCGGGUGGAGCAGCGGCAGCAGCGGGCGGCGGAGCUGGCGGAGCAGGUGCAGGCGAGGGAGAGCGAGAUGGCUGUGAGGUGUGAGCCAGAGCGGAGUGGCCUGGAGGCCCUGCGGGAGGAGCAGCAGCAGCUGCAGGCCGAGUGUGCUGAGCUGAUGGAGGAGGUGGAAGCCAUGGAGGGGCUGACCACUCGCCUGGAGGAGCUGUGCCCGGAGAGGCUGCACAUGCUGGGGGCCGAGGUGCAGGCCACCCUGGGGGCCUGGAGGGAGCUGGGGAACCGCAUGGAGGAGAACCAGGACCGACUGCGACAGUUUGGGCAGCUGCGGGACUUUUUCCGGAACUACCUGGCCAUGAUAUCCUGGACGGAAGACACCCGCUCCUAUAUUUUCUCUGAGAGUGCCAAGCACCAGGCUAAAGAAAACCAGGUGCCUGUGGCCGAGCUGCUGGAUCUGCAGAUCGAACAGAAGUUUAAGGAAUUUGAUGAGCUUUCUGCCGCUGCCAAGAAACUCAUUGACUCCGAACAUCACUUGACCAAGAUGAUCAAGGAGAGGAUGGAGGAGCUACGGAGCAUGCUGGGGUGGAUCCUCGUCCACUGGAGGGCUCAGAAAGCCCAGUGGAAGAAGAGGAAGAGGAGGAGUGAGACAAAAGUAGAUGAAGAUGCCAUUUACACUGAAGCUACAGUCUGUUCAUCAGCACAACAGGCGGACCCAGAGGGACCCAAUACAUGUGAUUCCGCUCCCCACGACAGACCCGGAAUGGUAGAGGGCUCAGCCACAGCUCCCCCUAGUGGCUUGGAGGACCAGACGGCAGAGGUUCAGAACACAGAGAGUGGCUACGAGGUGAUGAGCAGCCUCAGUCUCAGGACCGGAAGUGACACCACUGACAGGCCGUCUGCUGCUGCUGCUGAUGAGAAGCCAAACUCCCAUCUCCUGGUGCUGAAGGAGCCUGGCUGUCCCUCCCCGAGGGGCACGGUGAACCUUAUCCUUAGCUUCAACAACACUGGAGACAGCCAGCUGCAGGUGCAGGAGCCUGAGUCCAAGCAGGUGGACAGAGUGUCUGAGCCCAUACACAGGCCUGCCGAGCCUCACUCUUCUGCCUGUAAAAGCUUUUGGAAGCGCUGCCAGGGGCUAUUUGGUAGUUUAAAGCGAAAGAAAGAGAUUUAUCGUCGCAGUGCAGAAGAGGUGAGUACAUACUUGCAUGUUAUGGACAACACUGCUGCGCCCCCUGUGUAUGAGAGUAUGUCACUGCCACGACUCGGCAGCAAAGCUCAAGCGUCGGCCUCCUCUUCCUCCCAUUCCUCAUCUUCAUCCUCAUCCUCCACCUCGUACCCGGCCGUCACCGCCAUCUGUGACGACCAGGCGCCUCAGGUGAGCAGCGUCUCUUUCCACACGCUCCCCAGGGGCGCCCUCAGUAGCAGCACCACCAGCACUGCUGCUGCUGCCUCCUCCAUCUUCAGUAGUCUCAAGAUGAGGAGCAAGAAGAGGAAGAAGAAGAGGGACGUGCGCAGGCACACCAUCCAGAAGAUCAUGGGGGUGGAGCAUCGGGUGGAAGGGGAGGAACCUCCGUCACCACCGCCCGCAGAGCGGGAGCCGAUCAUUUACGACACCCACACGUGGCCGCUGAAGGAGAGGAAGAAGAGGAAGAACGCGGCAAAGUCUGCUGCUGUGGCUGGUGCAGAGAAACCUGAGCUCACGGACUACGUGAAGAACCCGCUACUGAGUGACAUCGAUGCGGAAUGCUCAGGGGAGCUCCGAUCGGUUAGACCCAUCAGCCAAAAUCCAGACCCGAUCAACAGACCUUCGUUGCCUGGCAACCGCGUGAAGGGCCAUUGCAGAUUCCUCUCUUUGGGCUCCGUCUUAAGCUUUGAUCUUCCCAAGGACGUGGGUCUUAUACCCUGCAUACCAGACGUCAUCACCAUUGCGCCCCCAGAGUCCCGACGAACAGAGCCCAAAAACCCGGAUCCCAAUGAGGUCAGAUCCAUGGCCCUGAGCACCUUUAAGCUGGUCCGCUCGCCGCCUGCACGCAAAGAGGAGGAGCCCGGACACAAUCCUCCGGCUGAAACAACUCUGACAAUUCAAUGUCAAGGGAGUCAGGAGAACCACUCAGAGCCUGCCGAUGUUGCAGACGAGGACUUUCCUCCUCCUCCAUCCCCCGUUGCUGUGGACCUAAGUAGGGGGCCCUCACAGAGCGACCUCACGAGCCUCCAGCUAAAGAGGCUCUCAGGGGUCUCAUGGGACAAAAUGGCUGCUGAAUUGACUCACAGUGAAAACGAUCAGCACACCACCGAUGACCACCGAAGCCUACCCAACCUCAGAGACAAUGGAAUGCAAACCCAACUGUCACUCAGUAAGAAUGGAACCAGCUCCGUGACAGAAGCCGGAGCCUCAAGUACCAUCAACACGGAGACACCUCAUGUGUGCCCCGGUGUCCACACUUUGAUAAAGGACCUGAUCGGACACAAGUAUCACAGGCCAUCAAAGUCCAGUGGCGCCCAGGGUGGAAAGGAGAGCCCUGUGUCUGUGCCUCAGAGCCACACUUCUCACAUGGUCCUCAGCUUCAAAGCCAGUGGGAGCAGCAAUAGCUGCAGCAGAAGUGGGAGCGGGAGGGAGGACUCGGUGGACUCGGGACACUCCAGCUCCGGAAGCUUUAAGUCCUGCACAGAGGCUCCUGGCCCAGAAACCACUGACGACUCCCUCCCACGAAGAACUGUUGGACGGCUGCGACCUGUGGAAGCAGGAGGCCGGUCCAGAGUCACCUCGACGACUUUGGAUGACCCUGUGCAUCCUGACCACCAGCAGUUUGAGGAGGAAGAGGAAGAGCUGGAGGACAUUUGGAACCAAACCAACAGCUACCGGCAGAGUGUCUGCUCAGACAUUAUGUACCAGGGCUAUCAGGAACAGCUGUCCAAUACGCCUCCAUGCCAGCAGAGGGAGCCCUCUUCCAAAGAACAAGCGGUCAUCUAUAGAAAGCUGGUCACCGCCUCUGCCCCCAACCUACUGGUGGCUGAGUUCAGGCUGCCUCCCUCCAUCCAGAGCCUGCUUGGCUAUGGAAAAGAGCAGUGUCCCAAGGAAGUGGCCCCAGCACUCGGCAGGAGGGACCGCCGAUCCUGGGCUGCCUUCUCCCACCAGGAUCAGUCCAGCAAGCAGGCGACUUUAGUGUUUAAUGAAACAGCGUCAUAUCCUGUCAGGUUCCCGGAGAUGGAGGACCAUCGUAAAUAUGUUUACCAGUAUAAAGAGGAGGAGGAGGAGAAUGAAGAGGAGGUGGAGAGGCAGGAAGGGGAGGAAGGAGAGGAGGUGGAAGUGGACACAUGUUGUCCAAAGGAUCUUCUAUCAGUUCACAUGGGACUGGAUGGACCCUCAGGACAGGCCCAGCAUUGCACUGAGGAUCAGGGAUACAUGACCAUCACAGGAGGGCGCUGUGGCACCAAGAAUGGACAGAAGCCUGAGUUUCCUUCCAUGGAGGGCACACUAGAGAGGAAGCACAGGCUGCAGCCAGGAGGGAAGAAGGCACCAUGUCGGACCUGGAACACAUACCACGCUAUCCUGUACCGACAGACGCUUAGCUUCUACAUAGACAGAAAGGACACACUAAGGAGCUCAGCAUCCAGCCUGCCAUUAAACCUGGCAGGGGCUGAGUGUGUCCCAGUUCCUGAGUACUCCAGAAAGCCCAACUGCUUCAGCCUAAGGUUACGUGAUGGCUCUGAGUACCUCCUGAGUGCAUCCUCACGCUUCAUGAUGAAGAAGUGGAUGCUGAGAAUCCAUGCAAACACAGGAUCUGAAGAUGCUGUCCCCUCCCUGCCAAUGUUUUCCAGCUGCUCUCUACAGGAUGACUCUGUGAACACGAAUCAAAUCCCAUCCUCCAUCUGUUACUGUAGAGGCAUAUGUCACUGUUCGACCCGAGAUGAUGUCACCUCCUGCCUUCAGACAAGAACUGGGCGCCCAAAAGAGAUUGUUCUUCUCAACAGAGACGGCUCUCGCCUCCCCUUUUGGCACCAGGGAAAAGCAACGGACGUCUCCCUCAGCGGCUCAACUUCACGUGCAGGCCAUGAUGAAGAUGCCUUUGACCCCCUCGGCAUGGCCUCUCUAUCGAGGCACUCCCCCCUCACCCAGGACUGGCUGAGUGGCAGCAACAAACGGCGUUCACACUCCUUCACAUCAGCCACAUAUCAGAGAAUCAGACCUGUGAGACUGCCCCCCUCAGGCGGAAGCCAGGACAGCAGCUCAAACUAUUCUGUGACACUCUUCAUUGGAGACCAGCCAUCAAUGUGCAACAACACUGAGAGGCCACAGCGAACAGCUUUUGGCAGUGGGCUGGAGCGCCCCCUGGACUUGCCUUUGAGGAACUACGCCAGCUUGCCCCGGCCCCGCAACAAAUCCGUCUUCAAAAAAUUCUUUAGCAAGAAGGAGUGAGAGGAGUGGCACUGCAAGAGCACUGCAGCCCAGCCCCCUCCCCCCACUGACUCUAUUCAUGUGCAGAGCACUGAUGACUGAUGGAUCUUAUUUGACAGAGAUGUUUAUUUACUUCAUAUUUAUGCUGGAAAUACAUAUUUGUUAUGGAGGGACUCAAUUUCCUGUUUUCUUUUUCAUCACAAAUCGUUUUGUUGGCAGAGUGGAAAAUGGACCCUUAAAGCAGUGACACAAACAUAGAAAAGACUUUCAUUGUUGUUUUUCACAUGAAUAUAUAUAAAGCAACACUUCAGAAGAACUACUCAGCCAUCUUGACAUCAUGAAUCAUUUCAUCCUAUGUAUUGUUUUCUUUAUCUUUGAGGUCUCACUGAUUACUAUGGCGAUCAGUUGUCACUUGGUUUGAUGUAUUGUGUGUUGGUGUGUGUUUGUUAUUGUAUUUUUCUCUCACAGAUUCUUAACAAUCAUGACCCAGACUUUCCAUCUGACAUACUCUGACAUGUACACACUGUCUGAUUUAUGUUCUCCUUAAAAGUCUGCGGUUCCAGUCAAUGGCGAGGGUUAUGGUCAUGGUUGUUUGUACUGAGACGUCAGGAACAGUAUUAAGAGCCUGUGUCAUUUUACAAUCUCUCUAGUUUCUCCAUGGUUAGCCCUGUCAGCUGUGUUCUCCUCUCUUUCUACCUGACGGGAGAAGCAAAUCAAAAUAUGUGUCAGACGGUGUUUCACUUAAUUUACACGCAUUUCUGCUUCAGCCGUAUCAGUAAUUCAUUUUCUAUUGUAUCACAGCCAUUUUUAACCACAUGGUAUCACAGUCCUGGCCACACUUAGCCACACUACAGGCUUUCACAAACAUCCUUCAGCCAACUGCUGGUGGUAAAGGGUUGUUUUUUCAUGAACACAAAGAAACAUAACAGGAAGCCUUGUAUGCCACUGAGAUUGCCUUUCUAAUUAUUCCAGCAGUUUGAUACUGCUUGUGAUUGUUUUAAUAUUGUUAACUCUUGUAACUGUCAAUGCACAACUAAUAUUUGUAAUAAAUAGAUAUUUUGUUUGAGAGUCA